AUGUCAGAUAAUCCUGUAGACUUAAUUCGUUCAACGCUAGAUGGAUUCGAAAUUGCACCUGAUUUGAAAACAUUGUCUAAAAUACAGGAUUUGGGGGUUCAUAUAGAAAGAACCAGGCAAGAAGAGAUCGAUGAUUCAAGGAAUAUUUUAAAAGCGUUGUCGAGAAAACUUGAAAUAUCAUCUCAAGUAACUGAAGCAUUGAAGCAAGCAACUGAGUCUCCAGAAAAUGCAGAAGAACUUUUGCAAAAGGACAGAGAAAAAUUUCAGCUGGCUAAGCAGUUGAAUGAUACCGAGACAGAAAUAAUGAACUUGGAAUCUCAAUUACAGAAAAUGAAGGAGCAAAUAUUGCAAUUGCAAAAGGAAGAAGAAGCAGAAGAAGACGUUCAUCAUUAUGAGGAUGAUGCUGCUCUUUUGAGACUACGGUUUUAUCACUCUUUAGGUUUUGAUCUUCAAAACUUUGAUGAUAAGGAACAGAGAAAAGUAAUAGUCUACACAAAAAAGGAUUUACGAACGGUGCAUAUUAGCAAUAAGUAUACACCGUUUUUCUAUUCAAAUUAUUUAUGGGAUUUAAUGAAUGAUGAUGAGGAAAAUAAUUAA